AUGAAGUUCCAGCUACUUGUGGUGAUAGUGUUGUGCACAAUCUCGGUGCAGUGUCGGCAUCAGCCGAAUAUGACCGAGUACAAGCUGAUGCCGCGAGUGUUUCAGUUCGACGAUUACGACGAUUGUUUGAACGAUGAUCCCACCGUUCCCGGAGUGUACUGCAUGGUGAAGGCGGUGGUGCAUCCCAACCAGUCGUCCCGCGUAUGGAGAGUGAUCGAAGAGUAUUCUCGCAAUUGGAAGCAACAUCUGAACCACGCGCAUCUUGAUCGAGGGAUCUGCGUGCAGAACUGUGCCCUCAAACUGGCAUCGCUCGACAAGACCAUAGAUCUCGCAAAGCUUGUGGUGCCGAAAUUUGAAAUAGACUUUCCGUAUAUCAUGAAAAAUGGCACAUUUCGUGAUGUAGACGAGUAUAGACGCAACUACUCGACGAUGCUGGCCCAAUGUAUCAACUACGACCUAAUGCUGCAACAUGGCCUACGGGCAUACACCGAGAUCGAGUACUGCGAUAGCAACACGAGAUCCUACCCAAUUGUUUCCAUGGCAUUUGUAUCGUUUUCGAUCAUUCGCAACUGGUACCGUCUCACAUCCCGAGGCAAUGAUUCACUGAGUCACUCCAUUCGGUAUAUUCAUGCGGUAAGGUUUAUGAUAUUCAUGAUGAUAAACAUGGGCCACAACAUCUUAUACGCCCAACCACGCACGGCGAUGGUCAUCGAAAGGAAAUACGAUGAACUCGAUUCCAUGGUGAUUGCCAACGGAUCCCACGUAGUGACGACGUUCUUCUUCAUCGGGGCGUUAAUGUUGGUGCUGUCACUGGUAUCCAAAUUGGAAGAAACCGGCAAGAAACUUGGAAUCAUUGAAAUCAUAAUGAUAUCCAUUGCGCGCUACAUACGCCUAACUCCCGUCUACGCUUUUAUGAUGAUGUUGGAAGCCACGUGGUUGGUACGCUAUCUGGAUGGGCCUCUCUGGCGCAAGGGAUUUGAAACCUCGCGUACCUACUGUCGCCGACAUUGGUGGGCUAAUCUCUUGUACAUCAACAACUACUACGCGACUGACGAGCCUUGCAUGCAACAAUCGUGGUAUUUGGCGGCUGACUUCCACAUGUUCGUCUACGGUUUGGUGGUGUGUGUCAUUGUUUUGCGAUUUCCCAAAUUGCGGACGUACAUUCUCUCCUUUCUGCUGUUGGUAUGGUCUAUGGCAGCAGCCAUUUUAGUGUACAUUAACGGAUACGAAGCGGUGACGGUUCUACCUCCACAACCUCUGAGAUUCUUUUUCUGGUACUGGGGUAUGUACCAGGAUACAUACUUGCCAACCCAUAUGAAUCUGGUCAACUACACGGCGGCGAUUAUGGGUGCGUUCUACGUUCUACAUCUGAAGAAAACGAACUUCAAAGUACCAAAGAUCUUCGCAUUGCUGUGGAUUCUUGGCGUGUUGGCAAUGCCCGCCUAUUUCAUUUCUGGAUACUUCAUUUACAGCAACAUUUUUGAAACACCGGCAGUCUGGAUGGCACUAUUGUACCCACUGGGGCUGACCGAGUACAAGCUGAUGCCUCGGGUGUUUCAGUUCGACGAUUACGACGAUUGUUUGAACGAUGAUCCCACCGUUCCCGGAGUGUACUGCAUGGUGAAGGCGGUGGUGCAUCCCAACCAGUCGUCCCGCGUUUGGAGAGUGAUCGAAGAGUAUUCUCGCAAUUGGAAACAACAUCUGAACCACGCGCAUCUUGAUCGAGGGAUCUGCGUGCAGAACUGUGCCCUCAAACUGGCAUCGCUCGACAAGACCAUAGAUCUCGCAAAGCUUGUGGUGCCGAAAUUUGAAAUAGAUUUUCCGUACGUCAUUAAAAACGGUACCUUCCGUGAUGUGGCCGAAUAUCAACGAAACUAUUCGGAAGUUCUUUCCCAGUGCAUCAACUAUGAUCUCAUGCGGCAGUACGGGUUACGAGCAUACACGGAGAUCGAGUAUUGCAAUAGCAACACGCGGUCCUAUCCGAUUGGUAAUCUCGAUCGACGACUUGGGACCUGCGCGUAUGAUAACGAAUAA